AUGCGGGAAGCUAGGAGAGGUGGCAAUGGUCGAGAGAAGGCUCGUGGGCUUCAAACUGAAGUAAAUCCGUUGUUACUUUCGUCUAAUUUAAACCUUGUGAGAAGACAGUAUAAAGAUGAGAAUCCUUACCUGAGCACGACUGGCAUACGAACUGAUAGGAAAGUCACCAAGAGAUUACAGAGAGGCCUACGGUUUCAUACGAAGGGGCAAAUAAGCACUCAGAUUGAGCUUGAGAGAGAAGAGGAACGUCUGCGACAUGAGAGGCAAUUAGAGCAGGAAAGGACAGAAGCGAUAAGAAGAGCCAAGGAAAAGGCUGAAAUUGAAGUCAAGAUAGCUGAGGGAGAGGUUCCCGAUAGUUCCUUGGGCGAGGAGAAAUAUAUCAAGAAAGCGGAAGACGUCCCGAUAGUCGAGUGGUGGGACAAAGUAUAUCUUGAUGAGCAUCUAAACAUUCUGCCCAAAUAUCGCGAGGAUUUCGAAGAUCGAGACGAGGAUACUGAUGAGGAUGACGAGGAUAACCACCCGUCGAUCAGAUAUGUCGAGCAUCCUGUCCCAGUGAAAGUCCAGGAUGUCAAACUCACGGCCAGAGUUUAUCUGACAAAGAAGGAGCAGAAGAAAGUCCGUCGCAACAGGAGGAAGAUAGAGCGAGAAGCCAAGGAGACCAAGAUUAAGCUUGGCUUGGAGCCCAAACCAGAACCCAAAGUGAAGCUGGCAAACAUGAUGAGCGUUUACGAGAAUGAUCAGAACAUCACAGAUCCUACACAGUGGGAACGAACAGUCAUUGAGCAAGUAGAACAGAGGGCAAAGGUUCAUUUCGAGACCAACAGGAAGAGACACGAGGAGGCUGUUGAGAAACGUAAGGCAAGGCUGCAAGACAGUACGACUGAUUCCCAACUUGACAAUUACUGUAAGGUGUUUCGCUUCGGAAGUCUAGCAAACCCAAAGAUACGAUACAAGCUAAACACAAAUAGCAGACAGCUAUCAUUACGAGGCGCAUGUCUAAGAGUGAAUGACGACGGACAGGGAAUUAUUAUAGUCGCUGGCACCGAAAAAUCGUGCCGGUUUUUUGAGAAGCUUGUUCUUCGCAGGAUAAAAUGGGAUGAGGAUUUCGAAGACCGUGAGAACGGCACGCAAAGAACGAUGACUGGCAACUACGUUACCAGGAUUUGGCAAGGCUACUUGAAGACCGACAAGUUUUCCCGCUGGUUUAUGAAAGUAUGCAACGAUGAAGAAGAACUAAGACAAACCCUGCGACAGUUUGAUGCUGAACAUUUCUUUACGACGCUUAUGGCUCGAUAA